UAUAAUAACACGACUCCUCCUUCAUUCCUCUGUCAAGUACGCGUUUGUUUGUUUUUUAUUUAACCUUAUGGAGCGAGACAAAACUUUACCUCAAAUGUCUACAAUGCCGAAAAUUUCGGAUUGUAACGUGAUCCGCUUUCAUCUUCAAGUUCUUUACGGGAUUACAGUCAAACGGAGUGAGAGGAAACACGACAGAUUGUUCAUUGGUGGAGCGAGAAUAUUUGGAGUCCCUUUGGAGAAUUUGGCUCGGAUUUACAUCCCUGAUUUUGGCCUGGUUCCUGGUUUUUUGGUGCAGGCUUGUUCCUUGCUGACUGAGCGACUCGCUACUGUUGGACUCUUCAGAAAACCUGGCUCUCUUCCUCGUAUCAAGACGCUACGUGCUCGGCUGAAUCGUGGGGAGGACUGUCUAUCCACAGCCCUGCCCUAUGACGUUGCUACUCUUAUAAAGCAGUUCUGCAGAGAGUUGCCGGAGCCUCUGUUCCCCUCUGACCUCCACACGGCCUUACUGAAAGCACAAGCCCUGCCCACACCGCAGGAUCGCACCUCAGCCCUGCAGCUCCUGUCCUGUCUGCUGCCUGCCCGCAACUGCUCCACGCUUCACUAUCUCUUUGACUUUCUCUGCAGUGUCUCUCACAGAUGUGAUGAUAACUUGAUGACCAGUUUAAACCUGGCGACAGUGUUUGCUCCGUGUCUCCUGCCUCCUCCAAACCAGUCUGAGAUGUCCGAAACCCGCCUGGAGCUCAGAGUUCUAGUACUACGCAACUUCAUCGAAAACCCAAAUCUAUUUGGAGUCAUCCCCAAGACUGUAUUGGACAGUGUGGGGUUUCUGAUGGACUCUCCCAUUUCUAAAGAAUUGCAAACUAAAAGGGUAAACCGAAAAAGACACAGCUUUGCAGUGAAAAGACCUGCAAAGACCAUCCCAUGGAUCCAAGUACGGGCCAAGGCCAAAGAGCCUAUUUCGGAGCCCACCAAGCCCCCUUCAUCCCGGUCAGGACUGAGACGGAGCCUGGGUCAGGAGAACUUUCCCAACCUGCAGGUGUUCAGGAGCUGUCUGGCACGGGAAGAGCACAGUUACAAAUUAUCAGAAGAGGACGACUCCAACAGUGUAGGACAAGAGAAAUUAAAAGGGACCAAAGGGCAGGAGGGGCACAGCUCUCCGGUUCUGACUGGAAUAGGUAAACUGGCCACUUGGAGAAGACGUACGUCACUUUUGACAGGGGCAGGUGCUGGACCCAUCAACACAAGCGGACACGGCGUAUCGACAGAGAUGGCUUCGGCUGCGCGGUUGUCCUUCCUCGGCCUCCUCCUGUGCCUGUGCCCGGGCAGAGCUCCAGCCCGCAGCCCGCGUACGGUAGACCAAGUGUCCGAGGCCGACAUCCAGCGCCUCCUCCACGGCGUCAUGGAGCAGCUCGGCAUCGCUCGGCCCCGCGUCGAGUACCCGGCGCACCAGGCCACCAAUAUAGUGGGCCCCCAGAGCAUCCAGGGCGGAGCUCACGAGGGCCUGCAGCAUCUCGGACCCUUUGGCAACAUCCCCAACAUCGUGGCCGAGCUGACAGGUGACAACGUGCCCAAGGACAUGAGCGAUGACCACGGCUACCCAGACCCACCCAACCCCUGCCCACUGGGAAAGACCGCUGCAGAUGGAUGCUUGGAGAAUGCACCCGACACAGCAGAGUUCAGCAAAGAGUUUCAGAAACACCAGCAUCUGUAUGAUCCAGAGCAUGACUACUCUGCCCUCGCAAAAUGGAAUAAGGAGCGUUUGUACCAGAAACUGAAGGGGGCACCAAAGAGAAGAAAGAGGAGCACAAACCCAUAUUUACAAGGCCAGAGGCUGGACAAUGUGGUGGCGAAGAAGUCUGUCCCACACUUCUACGAGGAUGAGGAGGAACCCACUGCUUCACCCACCGUCACCCAAACAACAGCCUAAACCGAUAAACGAUUACACUCCACAGCCCUGGUCACACCUCACUCAUUAGAAUUUCAUCUUAUAUUAAUCAAUAAUUACAACACAGGUAUCGUUAAUGAGGACCUACCAGCAUGUUGUUUACGUUUUGAUCAAUUCUGAACGUCAAUAAUGUUAGAAUCAAUGUUUGCCCUCACCUGACGUUGUAAUCCCUAUAGUUUAAU